CCUGACACGGUGAGCGGUCAGACGCUGGGACAGAUGGGACAGCAGGCCACUCCGGAGGCACCUCUCAGUUGAACCUGGACCGGCUCACAGUCCUCCCACACACCGCCCGACUAAAAAGCUACUCUGCUGGAAGGAGACACCUCUGUCUUUCUCACACACACAUCAUAUUAAGAUUAUAUUGGAAGGAUAAGACUGGAACAAUCUGCCUUUGGAUAACAACUUGAAGGAUGCAGGACGGGAGCUGGAAUCGGUCCCUCCCCCCCUCUCUGCUAAUGAAGGAUGGGAGCGGGGUUCUAGAAGGGGAUGGGGGGGUGUACUCCGAAGCGUCUUCCGAUGGGGAUCUGUGCCUGGACUCAAUGGCAGAACUGAACACUAGUGAUGGAGACUUUCCGGACCUUACCGCAUUUCUUAGCCAAGACGAGAUCAACCGCAGCCUGGAUCUGGCCCGGGAGGCCUUCAGUGACGCAGAAGACCAGGGAGGCCCUGUCUCUCCUAUUUCCAGAACCCCGGAGCCGGCUCUCCGCUACCUCCCCUCCCUGGCCCCCCUCAACACCACAGAAUACCUGACCAAAAGCCCUAGCUUCCCCAACUCAGUCAAAGUCACCUCCAGCCAGAGCGUUCACCUGAGCCGGCCCGUGCAGGCCACCUGCGACGCCACAGCCUCACCUGAGAAGUUCGUCUGCCACAGAAACAUCACACCAGUCUACAAGCAGGAUAGGCCGCGGCUGGUCCAUGACGGCUUGGAGCUCAACGAACGAGCCGCCUCGGCCACUGAGUUCUGCAGCCGUGCCGCCACGUUUAUUGAGGAGCUGUCCUCCAUCUUCAAAGGCUCCAACAGGCUGGAGCAACAGGGGGAGGAAGACUCCUCCUCUCCCGACAGCGGCUACCUGUCCCCUAAGAGCCACCGGACGGCCACCCAGGGCCCAUCUUCUGCACCCCCACCACCUCAGCCAGGCCUGGGUACCCGACCAGCCUGUAUGACGGGUGGGUUGGGCCUGACGGGCAUACCUCCUCCGAAUGAGGCCGGAGUGCCGGUUGUCUCUCGUCAUGUGAGUGAGGGUGAGUUGAUGGGGGAGCAGCAACACGGUGGAGCCCAGAAAGUGGACGGAGAACUGUGCCUGCCACACUUCACCCAGAAGCUGAAGAGCCAGGAGGUGGCAGAGGGACACCCAAUCCGGCUGGAGUGCAGAGUAGAGGGGAACCCUCUUCCAGUGGCCAGGUGGUUCUGCGAGGGGCGGGAGCUGCACAACUGUCCCGAUAUCCAGAUCUGGAGGGAUGGUGACCUGCACACGCUGGUGAUCGCCGAGGCCUUCGAGGACGACACAGGACGCUACACCUGCGUGGCCUCCAACUGCCUGGGAGCUGACAACACCUCCGCGGAGGUCUACAUCGAGGGUGCUUCAGACUCAGACUCAGAAGGAGAAGGAUCUUCGUCCACAUCAGGAACCAUGCCUCAGGUCCAGAAGAAGACCACUUCUAUUUCCCUGUCCAUUCAUUCACCAUCAACCAAGAGCCCUGAGGUCCUACCUCACCGCUCCGCCCUGGUCCAACCCCUGUCUGCCCCCCCACACCGGGUGCAGAGUCCAGUGUCUACCCACUGUGGAGGCGAUGGUCCUGUUGCAGCGCCCCCUGUCUUCACCAAGGUCCUACAGGACGCCCAGGCAUCAGAGGGUCAAGUGGUGGUGUUAGAGUGCAGGGUCCGAGGCUGUCCACCUCCACAGGUCACAUGGUCCAGACAGGGGCAGGUCAUCCAGGACUCUCCAGACUUCCGCAUCCUGCAGAAAACAGAGCCGCGUUCGGCAGCCGAGCCAGAGGAGAUCUGUACUCUGGUGAUAUCGGAGGCCUUCCCUGAGGAUGGUGGUCAGUUCUGCUGCACUGCAUCCAACCGUUACGGCUCCGUCAGCAGCACAGCCCAACUCUUUGUGACUGGAGGGGCCUUCAACACCCACACAGCGACAUACAACUCGACCAGCAACGGCUUGGCCUCCGGGGACGACUCUGUCUUCGAGGACGCCCAGGCCUUCCCCCCACCCCCUCCCCCGCCGACAGAGAUCAGCCUUUUGGAGGUGCCACCUAAGGCCCAGCCCAGCGCCAGCUCCGAGGGUUUCCACGUGAAUGAGCUGGAAAUCUGGCCCCGUGUGUCGGCACCGCCUCCCAACAAGGUCCUUCAGAACGGCCGGGCGGGCAACCUGCCCCAGGCUUCCUCCAGCCUGCCUCCCCCGGAGCCAGCUGCCGACCUCCAGGGCCCGGCCAAGGUGUCUCCGCCCACGGUGAAGGAAGCUCCCCCGCUGCCCGCCAAGCCUAAACUAGCGGUGGACAUAGAGAAGGAGACAGAACAUUACAGGAACUCAGAACAGUUGAAACAGCUGCAGGAUCAGAUUCUACUUGAACAGCAGGAAGCUGCCAGUUGGAUCCAGCAGCAAGAGCAGGAAGUCCCUUCUCCGCAGCCCCAGGAAGUCCCAUCUCCGCCCUCUCCUCCUCUUCCCCCUCCACCCUCCUUCCAGGAGCUGGAGAGCAGCGCCAUGCAGACCAGCACCUUUAACUACGCUCGGCCAAAGCAGUUCAUCGCUGCCCAGAGCCCCGGAGGGACAGGCCCUGUUGGUGGCUAUGUCACCCAGUCCUCUGGCUCAUCUGGAUCCAGCCUGACCUCACCCCUCUCCCCACCCACCUCACACAAGCCCUUCACCAGGGUUACCAUGCCCGCCUUCAGCAAGGGCAGCAGCGUCGAGUCUCACUCCCCUUCCUCACCCUCUUUCCCUCCCCCUCCUCCUCCCUUCCUGAGCAACCAGAGCAUGUCCUCUCCAGCAGGCCACUCCCAAGAUUUCCCUCCUCCCCCACCUCCUCCUCCACCUCCAUGUUCCUCGGUUCUGUCCUAUUCCCCGGCCCACUCCAACAGCUCCUCCCCCUUCACCUCCAUGCCUCAGUCACCUGCUGGCUACCUAGCCUCUGUGCUGCCAGCUACGCCCACUAGCCCCUCUGUCAAUGCCCUGGGUCUUCCCAAAGGGAACGGAACUAUCAAUGCUUUUCCGCGGAAGCAGUCGAGAGGAACACCCCGCUUGGCCUCGGACUCUGACAUCCAGGGAUCCAAGGAUGCUGUUAUUCAGGACCUGGAGAGGAAGCUACGAUUCAAGGAGGAGCGCAUGAGUAACGGGCAACAGAGGUUAACCUAUGAGGAGAAGAUGGCUCGCAGGCUGCUGGGAGCCGACAACGCAGCCACUGUACUAAACACACAGCAACAGGACGAGGAGCCAAUCACACAGGACUCCAGUUCAUCUGACAUAGAAUCUGUCCCUCAAAAGGAGUACAAAGUGUCCAGCUUUGAGCAGCGUCUGAUCAGUGAGAUUGAGUUCCGUCUGGAGCGUUCUCCAGUAGAGGAGUCGGACGAGGAUGUACAGCAUGAUGAGGAUGCUACAGGCCAGGGUGGGGCGCCCUUCUUCCAAACCAAGCUCAAACACUACAAAGUGUUUGAGGGCAUGCCCGUUACAUUCUCCUGCAAGGUCAUUGGAGACCCCAAGCCAAAGAUCUACUGGUUUAAGGACGGGAAGCAGAUCUCUAAGAGGAGUGAACACUACAGGAUCAGCCGCGACGCUGACGGCACUUGCCACCUCCACACCGCCGCCGCCUCACUGGACGAUGACGGCAACUACACCGUCAUGGCCGGCAACCCUGAGGGGAGGGUGAGCUGUACCGGCAGGAUGAUGGUGCAGGCGGUGAACCAGAGAGGGAGGAGUCAACGUUCUACACCUGGACACAUCCGCAGACCUAGGUCUCGGUCCAGAGACAGUGGUGAUGAGAACGAGAACAUCCAAGAGCGUCACUUCCGCCCCCACUUCCUGCAGGCGCCUGGUGACCUCAUCGUCCAGGAGGGCAAGCUUUGCCGGAUGGACUGCAAGGUGAGCGGUUUGCCCACCCCAGACCUAAUCUGGCAGCUGAAUGGUCAGACCAUCCGUCCCGACUCCGCCCACAAGAUGCUGGUGAGGGAGAAUGGCGUACACUCAUUGGUCAUCGAGCCAGUGUCCAACCGCGACGCAGGCAUCUACACCUGCAUCGCCAGCAACCGUGCUGGACAGAACUCCUUCAACCUGGAACUCAUUGUUGCUGCCAAAGAGAUGCACAAGGCUCCUUCGUUCAUCGAGAAGCUGCAGAACACCGGUGUUGCCGAGGGUUACCCUGUGCGCCUGGAGUGCCGUGUGUCGGCUGUUCCCUACCCACAGAUCUUCUGGAAGAAAGAGAACGAGUCCUUCACUCACAACACUGACAGGAUCAGCAUGCAUCAGGACAACUGCGGCUACCUGUGUAUGAUCAUCCAGCCGGCCAUGAAGGAGGACGCCGGCUGGUACACCGUGUCGGCCAAGAACGAGGCCGGCAUCGUGUCCAGCACUGCACGCCUGGACGUCCACACUCAGUGGCAGCAGCCCCACACACCAAAGCCCAAGAAGGUGCGUCCAUCUGCGAGUCGCUACGCAGCGCUGACGGAGAGGGGCCUGGACGUGAAGGCAGCCUUCUUCCCCGACUCCAGCCCCCUGCAGCCAGGAGGCCUGGUGGAGAGUGAUGACCUGUAGACCAGCCGGGACCCGUGUGCCCAAACCACCCCUAGCGCCUUACAACUGACUUUUGACCCCCGUUCUCCCCAGACAUAUAGGGGUACAUUUUACUCCCACCCCCAACAGCCACAGAUGCUAGUGUUGAUGGCGGGCAGUGUCACACACCAUAUAUCAGUGAAAUGCGGAUGACAACUUAGGAUCAAGUGGUUAUAUUUUAUCAACUAUAUAAGCAGAGGAAUCUACCCUGGACGGCCACCAUGGAAAAAAGACUGUUUACAAAUGUCUGAUGGGGGUGUGAAACUAUACAAGACUUGUUGGCAAAUAAGUUCUUAAAUGAACAUCAUAACCAUACUCUGAAUGUCACCUCUGAAAGUGCCUGAGAUCUUUCUUUGUAAAAAUGAUAGUUAAAAGUUUAAUGCUGAAAGUAGCAUUAUUAUGCAUGUCACAAUCAAGCUGUUUGUAAUAGUUUAAGGCUGGUGUUCGUUUUAAAAUGUUUACGCAGUGUCAUUAUUUACAAAAUUCUUCCAACACACUAAUUCUGAACAGCAUACGAAGACCUAUGGGGGAGGGGGGCACAGUAACCAAAACCAAUUAAAUAUUUUGAAAUCAUGCGUAAAUACCGGAAUCGGGGUUUGAUUGAAUUAAGCCCUAAAUUCACGCCUUGCUUAUAGCUGUAGAGUCAGAGAUACGUAAGUAGAAAUGUGACACACUUGGAAUGCAAUUGAUGUGCAGUGAUAAGGGAUGGUUGGUCAAAAAGCAUCAGGGAAGCAUGUCAUGUUUCCCUGGGGUACGGAAAGACCCCCAGCCAGCACAAAGUUAUUUUAAAUGGGAAACAGCGUCUGCUAAAUGACUGAUAUGUAAAAUCUGGGUAUUAUAGCACAAUACGGAUAUCAACAGUCUGGUUAUAGAAAUGAAGAGCACCAGCCUUAUCAGGUUCUAGAUUUAGCAGUAUUACGAUUGAUGUCAUUAUGGUUGGGUUCUAGAUUUAGCAGCAUUACCAUAAAUAUCACUAUGGUUGGGUUCUAGAUUUAGCACAACACCAUAGAUAUUGCACAAGGCCGGGCCUUUUAUAGUACUUUUUUUCUUUUCUUUUUUAGUUAAUAUGACCGUGAAAGUUAAUACUGUAGUGACUUUGAAUUAGAGUUGUGGAAAAAAGAAUGUUGACUGAAUGACAUGAACACCAUUGAGAGCGGUGUUACCAUGACAAUGUCAGAGAUCGAUUGAUGGAGAAGCAGGGCCAUGACAGGCUAGGGGGGUACUGAAGUGUGAAAGGUGACUAACUGGGACCGGAUGGGUUUACCUGGGGCAGGACAGGAGGCCCAGAUGACUGGUCUCAGCCCAGUGACAAGUCACUUCCACGCUUAGUGAUCUGUCUGAUCAGUGAGUUGACGUUUUAAGGAGAGAAGCAUGUUUUUCUUAAUAGAAUUCAUUGCAGAAGAGGAAAAAUUGUGAUAAGACGAAAGACAAAAAGGACUAUGUUGACGAUGAUGAAAUAAUGGGUGCUGAUGAAACCAGUGGUUAUGACUGAUUCUAGAGAUUAUUUUCUUUAAUGGUUCAUUUUUGAAGUUUAAAAACACAUGAGACGGUCCUAAAAUGGCUUUAAUGACUUCAGUGAUCACACCACAGAUUGUACGCUUUAUUUUUAUAUGAGAAAAUAACUAUUUACUUUCCCAAGAAACUUGACAUAAAUUAUAUUAGAAAUUAUUUUCUUUCUUCUCCCAAUGACAAAACAAUCCUUUCUGUAUGAGAAUUUACUUCUUGAAACUACGUAUUGCCUUAAAAGAUUAUGGGCCUGUUUCUAUCACUGUGUUUUUCUGAGGUAUUUGUACCACAUGGACAAUUCUUUUUGACAAAUAUAGGCUGUGGAGAA